AUAGUAACGAUAAUUCCAUUAGUUCACAUCGUUCUGACGAUUUCGAAAUUGCGUUACGGCCCAGUCAACUAAGGUACUUAUUAACAUCUACAGAGUACACUUGUCGUCAAAUCAUUGUUGGAUAUGCUGCAUACAAGUACAAUUGUACAAAUGACCAGAACUGAGCAAAUCCAACUCCUCAAUUUGUUUUUCUUUUAUAGUAAAUUCGCGUUUACGGAAUAUUGUAAAUUUUAAAGAAACAUGUGGUCUGAUAAACGAUAAGUUAAAGAUAUUGAUGAGUUUUGUAUUUUAUUAUUAACGAAGAGAUAAUAUCUAAGAUUUUAAAUUGAAUGACACGAAGAAUUAAAACGCGCCUGCAGGGAAUUCGACAUGCUUAAAUACGUGUCUAAACGCCUCGUUUUCGUACCUUUUAUUUUUGGGUCUCUAUAUUUCGUUUUUUGUCGCCCUCUCGUUUAACAAAAUAAAACAAAUACUGCUUCUAAAUAAUAUUUUCUCAAAAUAAAAUUAAUAAAAAACAGAAAAAAUAAAGAGACAGAAAACGUUUCAGUGUCUCCGACCAAGCUAUACGAACAUCUGGAUCAGAUUAGGGCGUAAGACUAGUCGGAGAAAGAAGUCAUGGGAAGAAGAAAAGUGGAGAUCAAACGAAUUGAGAGCAAAAGUAGUAGACAAGUCACUUUCUGUAAACGCCGCAAUGGUCUCAUAGAGAAAGCUCGUCAGCUCUCAGUUCUUUGUGAAUCCUCAGUGGCCAUUCUAAUGGUUUCCUCCACCGGGAAACUCUAUACCUCCUCCUAUGGCGAUAGCAUGGAAAAAAUCAUCAAGCGUUAUGAGAUACAACAUGCUGAUGAACUUAAAAACUUGGAUCUAGAAGAGAAAUUUCGGAAAUAUCUUUCAUACAAGGAGUUAGUAGAUAUAGUCCAGUGCAAGUGUGAAGAAGCCAAAGUCGAUGAUGCAAGUGUAGAGUCUCUAAAUUCCUUAGAAGAGCAGUUCAAGGCUGCUCUGUCUGUAACUAGAGCUAGGAAGACGCAACUAAUGAUGGAGUUUCUGAAAAAUCUUGAAGAAAAGGAGAAGCUGUUGAGAGAAGAGAACCAGAUUUUGGCUAGCCAGCUAACAAAGAUGGAGAAGAAGAGGCUUCCGGAAACAGAGGGUGAAGGAGCAAUGUCAUCGGAAAAUAGCUCCCGCAACAGCCCACCAGAGACCCUCCCGCUCCUAAAGUAACACUCAUCAUCAACGGCUGCUUUUGCACCAUAUCCUGAUUUUAAUUAAAACAAAAUAAAUGUAAAAAUAAUAAUCAUAUGUGUAUCUUAAACAUCCUCUUCUUCACCUGAUCAUACGAAAAGUUGAAGAAAAAAACUCAGGUACCUUUGGAGACAUGAUCGCGGUCUCAUAUGGUUUCUAUGUUUGUAUGUUCUUGUGUCCCUUGAAAUUAUGAGUUAUUGUUUAUAAAAAAAAGGUCUUGAUUUCUUCA